AAAUCUGGCAAUGCAUCAAUUUUGAGUCUGGCGUAUUUCGUCUUGUUGUUAGUUUUAGACGAUCCACUGUCUCGUGUUCUAUCAUAUUCUAAAGCGGCAUCACGUGAGGUGCGCCGGAAAAAGAGUGACAAUAAUUUGAGCAGUAGUAAGGGCCUGCUUAUGUCUGUCAUACUCCGUGGCCCCUGUCGUCAGGCAGAGGACAAGGGAGUGUAACGCACCCCAAUCAUAGCGUUACUCUCUGUAGGAGUGGCUACAGAUCACAAGCAGCGAGACCCAGCACUUUGGACCUCUUCAACUCUUUCCCCUCUCCGUCAAGCGCCACUGCCUGGAAGUACUGGCACUUGUGGGUUCCCCCCAAGAUAUCUACCCAGUGCUCGAACUGCUUCUUCUCCACCUCGGCAAGCACAUCGAUCAGUUCACUAACGGUCUCUCCUCUCAUGAUUCUCCACUUCUUCACCGUGGUCGCACCAUUCCAAGAAAAAUGUAACCGAAGUGUGUUGCUCGGAUUUUUGUCAUCCAGAACCACUGCUGGAGGCCACGUAGGUGUCCCAGUCCAAGGGCCCUUGAGGGUGCGAUAUGUACCACCCAACUGAAGUCUGUCGGCAUCCGCGGUCCAGUCCAUCCGUAUGAGCUCCUUUCCAUGCCGAGUUUCCACAUAGAAGGGACCGGGCCCCCUAAGUUGCCACUUGGUGCCCUCCAACCCCAAGCAGUAUACACCGUUGCCGUUGGGCAUUCGCCUGUAGCUGCCGUGCGCGUAAACGCGGGUGGCCGUGUCAUAUGAAUACACCAGCCGGGCUUCAAAUGGAUGACCAUCGGAAUCGAAGAUCAAGUCAUACUCGACACCCCGAGAGGUCCCAGUCUCGGAAUGUAGCCCGUUGUCAAACAUGCUGAUUCGAUUCUUUUUCACCUCUCUGACCUACACCUCAUGACACAUGUAUGUGUGAGAUCGUGUGGCCGCGCAUGUCUCCUACGUCGUGUUGCCCGUAGAACUGGCCUCUUUCGUCGUUUACGAUCCUGAGAAAACAUGGCAGAUUCUCAUUCUUUACCUUUGUCUAAGCGUACCUGAAGUUGCUGCCCUUGCCACCAAGACGCCAAAGGACCUCCCCAGUAUCCCUGCACUUAAGACACAAAGAAGUCGACUGCGGAAGACCGCUUUGAUCAGAUGGCCGGGCAGUCAUGCCUGUCGAUCUUUGCGAUCUGCGACAUUCUGCGCAUCGAGAGAAGAAUGUUCCCGUCUUUAGCUUCCUCAAUUGCUAUGAUCCCAGAAUCAUCGAAUGCAAAUGGUUCCAGCAUUCGAAACGAUGUGAAUGCAAAAGAUUUCGAGUCUCACCAUUCGGGUGAAAAAUAUCCCAGAGCCCCUCACGAAUAAAGUUAUCACCCUCCCAAAAUCCGAAGGGUAAAUGAUCCCAGCUCCUCCACUCCAGUAUGACAUGACCUGGAUGGGAGAGUUUCGUCGUCCUUUGCUACCCUCACCAUCUUUUCGUUCUCACCCUCAUUUGUAACCUCUUGAAGAACAAUACCAAAAACGCCUUUCGCUGGCUCCAUCUUUGGGUGAAUCUCCGUAAUGUUUAAGAGUUCGAAGUCAUCUCUGAAACCGAAAUGAAUGGCAAAGGCGUCGUCUUGACAAACACCUUACCUGAACAUCAGCGCGUUUCCAUUACGACCUAACUGGAACUCAUGCCCAUUCAGCGCUGUCACACAACGAUGCGAAUGGAGGCGAUGCUCUUCGAUUGUCAUUGGCAGGCGUUUCUCACCGCCUCGAUGAUGGAUAUUGAAGCUAUGUCGCACACCGUAAUCCGAGCCGAGGACGCUGCCGCCAUUUCGACCGCUCCAAAACCACGAUGCGAGUUUCUUGUCGGCUGUUAACUCAAGGUGGGGUGUCUCUUCAUCAUGUAGAUGCCAGUACACUGGAUCGGCUGUCGACGUCAUUAUGAGCUGGGACUUUGCCGGCCCUGAAGUGAAGAGGUAUCCACUUGACAACUCGGACAUGUUGCCUCGAACAGUCACUUUGACGCGAGGAUAGUUGUCUGGAAGUGUCCUGUGAAAACAUGUGAAGCACGUGUGCUGUUCUGAGCAAAAAGUAUGUGCUAAUCUCGCCUGUAUGCGCAGUUGGGAGCAUAAAACUCGCCAUCCCAGGCGGUUUCUGUUGCACAAUCGAAGCUCUCUCUGGCGGCCGCUUUCUCCGCUUCUCUGGUGCUUUGAGAUGUGUUUGCCACCAUUCUCUGGUGUGUCGCCCGGUAUUUGUUCACAUCCUGCCAUGAAACCUCGAAGCUCCACCCGGAAUCAGCGAGCGACCGACCAAUGGUGGUCUUUAUUCCCUUUUCCACCGAAAUGCUAAUCGUCUCACCAGGCGUGAAGGCCUCAUUUGGUGUGAAAUACACUGUCCGAUUGUCGCUCAGUAGCCGCGUCUCUCCAUCGUGGUCGCCAGACACAUUGCCCCGCACGCUUAUCUUUCCUUGAAUGCUUUCUCUGUCCACCUUGUUCUUCGGCCUGAAGGCGAUGGUUGUCAGAGGGGACACGAGGAUGGCUCCGGGGAGAGGAUGAGCAUAGACGAAGGGAGUUUUCCCUAUGGCCUCAAGGUUUAAAGAGGGCCUCGGUUCAUUCUCGAAUUCCCCAUUGGCUCUAAGGCUCGGCCCUCCCGCUGUGAGAUCGAUGCCCAUGGACCUCAAUUGACGCAAGACUUGUAGGGUGUUACGUUGUACCACUUCCUCUUUGCUGAGGGCACUGCCGUACCAUGGCCCAAAUAGAAGGAAGACGCAUACGAAAAUGCCUGCCAUGCUGACCUUACAGAUAGACAAGUACACACGUCAAACACGCAU